GUGUGCAAAUGUAAAUUUAGUCGGAUGUAUGAUUUCAGAUAAAAGCUGUUGUUUAAUCAAUUUUUUUGUGCUACAUUAUUCAGUAAAGAAUAUAGAAUAAUUUCGAAGUCUUGUGGGUUGUGUAAUCACAGAUUUACCUUAUAAACUGCAUAAGAAAAUAAGGAAGUGCUCACGUUGUCGAAGUCAGCUUCUAACUUACAAUGGCCAAAGUCAAAAAUAAGAAAUCAAAGCUAGCUGAUGUCUACGCAAAGAAGCGUAAGAGGCAGCAAGCGCAAAAGACCCUGACUCCCUUUGAAAUUCACGUAAACAGAGACAAGCGAAAAGUUUUGGGACAGAAAAGUAAAGCAGAUCGAGGACUGCCAGGUGUUGCACGAACGAAAGCGAUCGCAAAACGAAAGGGAACUCUUCUUCAAGAGUACAAAGUCAAAGACAAAGAUAAUAUUUUACUUGAUAAACGAAUAUACCAGAAAAAUCCUCACAUGACUGAAGAGGACAAAGCAUUGGCUAGGUUCGCGAAGCAGCGAAUGAAAGCCCACAGUAAAAAAAAUAUUUACAACCUAAACGAUGAUGAAAUAUUAACACACAGAGGGCAGGCGAUCAUGGACAUUGAAAAAUUUGAUAAUCCAAGUAGCGACGACGAUCAGGAAGUGAGUGAUGAAGAAAACCGAGGUGGAAGAUUGAAUAAAAAGUUCUUGGAAGAAGCUCAUUUUGGGGGAGGAUUAUUGUCAAUGCCGGGUUCAGAAUCUUCUCGAAAAAGUGUGAUCGAGCAGCUGAUAGCUGAUUCAAAAAAGAGGAAAGCCGAGAGGCAAAAGACGCGGGAAGAAACUGAGGAGUUGACGGCAAAACUUGACGCUCAGUGGAAAGAUCUUUUGCCGCAGUUGGUCAAACCGAAUAAAGAAUUGGAGAAACCUGCAGAAAAGCCGAGACUUGACGAUUACGAUAUUACAGUGCGCGAAUUGAAGUUCGAAGCGCGGGGUCAGGCGACUGAUAAAUUGAAAUCCGAGGAACAAAUUGCUGAAGAAGAGCAUGUCAAAUGGGAAAAGUUGGAGGAAGAAAGACUGAAAAGGAUGGCAGGGUUUUUAGAAAAUGAUUUGUAUGGCAAACAUAAGUCUGCUGAUGAUUUGGACGAUGGAUAUCAAAAGGAAACAGUGGAUGGUGAAGAAAACAAUGAGAAGAGUGAUGAUGAGAAUGCUAAGUUGAAGGAUUCUGCAUCUGAGGGUGAUUCAGAAGAUGGUGAAAGUGAAGAAGAAGAAGAAGAAGAAGAAGAAGAAGGAGAUGUAGAUGAAGAAGUGGAAGAUGAAGAGAAGGAAGUGAAGGUAAAAGAAAAAGAAAAACUGAAUCCAGAAGCUGAUGCAGAAACUGAAAACGAGUCAGAAUCUGAAGAAGAGGAUGAUGAAGAUAAUUUAUCUGAUUUGAAGAUGAUCGAUUCUUCUAGUGAAGACGAAACACCACAAAAAUUCACAUCUAGUAAAACUAAAUCCAAAACUGAACCGGUAAUUGAGCCAAAAAGAGUGGGGCAAAAACUGAAGAAUACAACUGUAAUUGAAGAUGUUAAAGUAAAUGAAUCUCUGAAAGAAGCUGGCGAUAAAUUGUUGGAGAGUGCUCGAGCGAAUUUGCCACAUACGUAUACAGUACCUGAAACCUACGAAGAUUUAAAGAAAUUGCUAAAAAAUCACGACCAGGACCACCAGUCAGUGAUUGUGGAAAGAAUCAUAAAAUGUAAUCAUUGGCUUCUGGCGAAUGGAAAUAGGGAAAAAUUAUUGGGGUUGUUUGAACACUUAUUGAUGUACAUAGACUGUUUGGAUUUUUCGAGUGAAGAUAACAUCGUGAAAAGUUUUCAAAUAGUGGACAGGUUGUGUCCCCAUCUUUAUGAUUUAGCUCACGCAGGUGCUGAAAAUGCGAAGAAGUGCUUCCAAGAAAUUAUUAAAGCAAAGCACGAACAGUUUGAGGAGAACAAAAAGAAAUAUCCUGGCAUAAACUUGUUGAUAUUUUUGAAAUUAGCAUCCCUUAUUUUUCCUACAUCGGACUUCAGGCAUCCGGUGGUUACACCUUGUUUAGUAUUUAUGUCACAAAUACUACUGAGGUGUUCUGUUAAAAGGAAAAGUCACAUUGCUAGGGGAUUGUAUGUGACUACUCUUAUGUUAGAGUACACGUUACUCAGUAAGCGAUUUUCACCUUCCGCCAUAAAUUUUUUGCGCGGUUUAUUGUACAUUUCGAUGCCAAAGCCCGUAAAUAACGCAACGAUCAAAGUAAUUCCACCCUUUAAGAAACAGGGAGAAUUUAGCUGCCUAUUAGCACUUGAUGAAAAUGUGAUAAACGCAAAAAUUGAUCUUGAUAAAUGUAAAAUGAAAGCAUUAGAUCUCCUCGAGGAGGAAAUAGAUUCUGAUUUUAAAAUUAGAGUUUUUCUCUUAACAGUCAACCUAAUUUCUGAAUUCAGAAAGCUAUAUGAGGAAUUAGAAGCUUCAUAUUCAAUAUUUGAACCAAUCUUAAAAAUGCUCAAGUCUGAUUUUAUUAAACGCUAUCCCAAAAAUUUGAGGCCAAAGGUGAAAGAACUAAUUGGAGAAUUGGAGGCAAUGAAAUCGAAAAAAUUGGAACACAUCGUGCGUGAGAAAAAGAAACCAAAAACGCUGAGAUUGUAUGAACCACGAAUUGAGAGAGUGUACGAAGGUAGAAGGCACAAGAAAAUGACAGGAGAGAAGGCUGAGAAAGAAAAGAUGCUUCACAAAAUUAAGAGAGAGACGAAAGGAGCGAUUCGAGAAGUUCGAAGAGAUACUGCUUUCCUGGCGAAACUAAAAAUUAAAGAGCAGAUUAAGAACGAUCAAGAGCGUAAACGCAAAGUUAGAGAGAUAUUUGGUGAUGCUGCUGUUCAACAAAGUGAAUUUAAUAAAAUGAAGCGACAGAAAUAGUUAUUGAGUUAGAAAUUAAAGCGAGCAACUUUUAUCUUGAUUACAAAUGUCCGAAUCGCAUUCUUCACUUUUAUAAAAUAUGCUGUGCGUAUAUUUUUAUAUUGAUGAUUUUUGAUGCGAGACUGAUUGUGAACUUGAUGAAUGCUUCGUAAUGAAAUUUUCAUUCUUUGGGUAAGUUUAUCUUUCCUGAUGUUAUAAUUUAUAACACUUUGUGAAUUAUUUGUAUAUAU